AUGAAUAUCUUUGGCAAACUUCUUCCAACUACUAUUGAUUUCAUAACACAUCGUUCAUUUAGUAUGACGAUACCAUUGUAUGAUCUACAAAAAGUUAGCAGAGUGCAUGUCGUUGAUAAUAGUAAAUUAGCUUUAGACGGAAAUGUUUACAAACGUAUGCCACGCAUUAUUCAUUGUUAUAAAAAGAACAAUAAUUUAACUCGUACACGAUUAACAGCUGGUCUUGGUGACAAAGUUUUAUUAGCCAUCAAAGGACAAAUGAAAAAAGCAAUUAUUGUUGGUUGUCGACAACGUAUACGUAAGCCGAAUGUACCACAAUUCGACAAGAAUAAUGUUGUGCUGAUCGAUGAUGAUGGAAAUCCUAUUGGUACACGAAUUCUUGCACCUAUACCAGCAUUUUUUCGUACGCGUGGUGAUUUAGCUAAAAUUGCUGCUAUCGCCACUACUUUUGUUUAA